AUGGCAGAAACUAGGUCUUCCAUUCGGAAUUUAGAGAUACAGAUCAGUCAGUUGAGCAAGAGGAUACCCGAGGCACCCUCCAACACUCUUCCAAGUAAUAUUGAGGUGAAUCCAAGGGAAGAGUGCAAGGCCUUCACUAUGGAAGCUGAGGCCGAACCCAAGGAGGAACCUGCUACUGAGGAACUGAAGGAGAUCAAGGCUCAGAAGGAGACUGGGAGUGUCACCGUGCACGUCCCUAUGAAGAUGGAGGAGCCUGAAGAACAACCCUCUCCAAACAUGCAAGAGGAGCCUGAGGAUGAGCAAGUUGCUCAGUUCUUGGUAGUCCUCAUGAAGUUGCAAGUCAAUAUCUCUUUUGAUGAGGUGUUGGAGAAGAAACCCCCUUAUAUGGCCUGUCUGAAAAGUGCUAUCUCUGAAAAGACGGCCCUGAAGGGAGAUAAGAUGGUGGUGCUAACUAAGGAAUACAGCGCCCUAGUCCAAAAGAAGCUGCCUCAAAAGCUGUCAGAUCCCGGAAGCUUCCUUAUUCCCUGUACUAUAGGGACCAUCACUUUUGAGAAGGCAUUGUGCGACCUUGGCUCAAGCAUCAACCUUAUGCCCCUCUCUGUGAUGAGGAAGCUGGGGAUCUAA